UCGAAAUGGGUUCGAACAAAAUUUUGUUCAGCUUAUUGCUGUAUUUGGGAUUGACAUUUGCGUGGAUGGAUGAAAGGCCAGUUCUUGAAGCACAAGAUGGUAAUUUGAUUAUAUCCAGCGCAAAGGAUAGAAAUAUUACUCUUAAAGUAUUAGGAAGCGGUUAUAUCAACGUUAAUGAAAUUAAUUUACUUCACGUCGCUUUGGCUGCUCAAAAUGCGACACGUCUGUUUGAAAGAUUGAGAGCUGGGUAUCUCGUUCAAGUGGAGGAUAAUCUUGUAAGGCUAAUCAAUCUCGUUGAAGGUCCUACAGGUUUGCAAAGAAGGAUUGCUAUGCUUGAAGGUACUGGAGGGAACAGCUCGCGUUUACCGAGCAAACAAUGGGAUGACAAUUUUACGAGAAACGGUUUACGUCGUACUAAUGAAAGAUUACGAAGAUUAGAAGAGACGGUGCAAAAUAUCGAGAGAAAGCUAAAAGAAAACGCUUGUCAAAGUAAUCCUUGCGGAAAUGGUGGUACCUGUCAAGAUCUUUACGAGGGAUACCAAUGCCACUGUCUUUCUAGUUGGGAGGGACCAAAUUGUAUGACGGAUGUAAAUGAGUGUGCUAGAUUUCUUGGCACAGAUUUAGGAUGUCAAAAUGGCGCAACUUGUAUUAAUUUGCCUGGAUCUUAUCGAUGUGACUGUCAAACUGGAUGGUAUGGACUACAUUGCACAAAACGGACCGCCAUUUGUAGUAGGCAAAAUUCUGAAGAACUUUGCGGACACGGUGUAUGUGUCCCCAAACCUGGAAGCGUCAUUGGUUACACCUGUCUUUGCGAUCAAGGAUGGGAAACCGAUGGUACGAAUCCAGCUUGCACAAAGGACGUAGACGAAUGUGCGGCGAAACAUCCACCAUGUUCCGUAAAUCCACUUGUCAUGUGUUUCAACGCACCUGGUACAUUUUUCUGCGGUGCCUGUCCUCGAGGUUAUACCGGAAAUGGUUAUUACUGUACUGACAUCGACGAAUGUUUGGAGGAUAAUGGGGGAUGUAGUACAGCACCUCGAGUACAAUGUAUUAAUACUAUGGGAUCAAGGGUCUGCGGUCCGUGUCCUCCAGGAUACCACGGAGAUGGAGUUUCCUGUAUCUAUGUUGGUUCUUGUAGGAUUAAUAACGGUGGUUGUCACCCUUUAGCAACCUGCAUCGAAAAUCCUGCGCUUACUAGCUCUUACGUGCAAUGCCGGUGUCCAGCAGGAUAUCAAGGCGACGGACUUGGUCCGAACGGAUGUCAGCCUGCAACUGAUAUAUCCAAUAAUUCAUGCGCUAAUCAUCCUUGCGUUCACGGCACGUGUAUCUCGACUUACGAAGGAUUUCUCUGUAGAUGCGAUACUGGAUACACAGGAACAACAUGCAAUACUCCAAUCGAUCCCUGCUCUCCUAAUCCUUGCAAGAACAAUGGAGUUUGCAUGGUCUCCAAUGGUGCAGUGAUCUGCGAUUGUCCUAACUCUUACACAGGCAGCAGAUGUGAAACGCAACGACAAACUUGCGGUGGUGUAUCUCGAAAUCCUGUCGGUUAUUUAGAGUUUCCUGUUGGUGGAACCAAUUACCAACAUGGACUUAGUUGUGCCUGGGUUUUAGUGACCAAUUCUACUCAAGUAUUGAAUGUCACUUUUACGAGUUUUAACUUGGAAAACUCUGUCGAUUGUAAAUUUGACUUUCUUCAGAUACACGAUGGUAGAAAUGCUGGCAGUCAUAUGAUAGGCAGAUUUUGCGGUAACACUUUACCCAAUAAUAAUGGAAACAUCGUUUCAUCUCACAACUCAUUGUAUUUCUGGUUCCACUCGGACAGCAGCAUAGCACACGAAGGAUUCGUUUUGCAUUGGAAUACAAUAGAACCGAUCUGUGGUGGAUUUUUAGAAGAGGAUUAUGGUACAAUAACGUCACCUGGUUAUCCGGGAAGAUAUCCUCCUAACAGAAAUUGUUAUUGGUAUAUAUCGGUAAGAGAGGGAAAAAGAAUACAAUUACAUUUCGGACAGCUGAUGCUCGAAGAACACCCUACAUGCGAAUACGAUUUUGUCCAAAUCACAACGAAUUACGAUGAACCUUUAGGUCGUUAUUGUAAUCACAGUCGGCCAGGACCUUUAACUUCACCUGGAAACGAAGUUACACUUCAUUUCCAUUCCGAUAAUUCUGGUCAAGAUGCUGGUUUCCAAAUUCAUUAUUCAACAGUAGAAGGUAUACCUGGUUGCGGUGGUGUUUUUACUUCGGAUGUUGGUUCAAUACAUUCACCUGGUUCUUUGUCGUCUUAUAGAGCAAACAUGAAUUGCGAUUGGAAAAUACAAUUACCGCCAGAUCAAAAAAUUAAAAUCACUUGGCAAAAGUUCAGUCUUGAAGAAUCUACAAGCUGUCAUUUCGAUGCAGUUGAGAUUUACGAUGGUGAUAGUACGGAUUCGCCAUUGAUCGGUAGAUAUUGCGGAUCUGACAUGCCACCGACUAUUAAAUCAAAUUCUAACAGUGUAGUAAUAGUUUUUACGAGUGAUUGGUCCUUUGAAAAGGAAGGAUUUUCUUUGUCUUACGAGGUCCUAUGUGGUGGUGAAUUUACCGAAUUAACGGGUAUCAUUACAUCUCCCUUAUACCCAAAUCCUUAUCAUGCCUCAAGAACUUGCACCUACGAAAUUAUAUUACCACCUAGCAAAGCCAUCGUUCUUACCAUUCUUGAUUUGGAUAUAGAAGGAAUGUCUAACGAUUGUUAUUUUGAUUCUUUACAAAUUUUCGACGGUGAUAGCGAAAAUUCCACUAAUCUCGCCACCCUCUGUAGCAACAUCGCACCCUCCGAACCAUUCUAUUCAACUCACAAUUUCAUGCAUCUCAUAUUUACAAGCGAUAAUACCAUUCAAGGUCGUGGUUUUAAAGCUAAUUACACGUCCAUAGAUCGAAGAUGCGGAGGAUUCUACAGAAGUCCUAGCGGAAUAAUUCAAUCACCUGGUGGAGACAGUAGUUAUGAAAAUAACGAAGAAUGUACUUGGAUUAUUCAAGCACCACCAGGAUACUUCGUACAACUCACUUGGUUGUUAUUCGAUCUCGAAUAUCAGUCACGUUGUAAAAAUGAUUAUGUUAGCAUUUAUGAAAAUAUUUCUAAAUCGCAAGACAGUCAUAUGGGAACUUAUUGCGGAAGUACUAAACCACCCACGCUCACUUCACGAGACAGAACGAUAGUGAUAUACUUUGAGACCGAUUCGAGCAUCAGACGCAACGGAUUUAUGGCUACCUAUGUCUUUGUCGAUGCUUCCAAAUUUUGCGGUGGUUACUACAUACAGCAAAGUGGUGUUAUCCGAUCUCCCAACUAUCCAGGAUACUAUCCGAGUUCAAGGGAAUGCGUAUGGGUACUCGAAGCACCCAACAGACAUAAAGUUACCCUUAAAGUCGAUACUUUCGAACUGGAAAGUCAUCUAAACUGUUUAUUCGAUUAUUUGGAAAUAAGAAAUGGUGGUUACGAUAAUUCACCUUUGAUCGGACGAUACUGCGGUAUAGAUGGACCAAAUCAAAUAGUCAGUCAAACGAAUAAGUUAUAUGUCAAAUUCGUAUCUGAUGCUUCAAAUACGGAAAAAGGUUUUAGCAUUGAUUGGGAUUACACGGUGGAAGGAUGCGGUGGAGUAUUAAAGUCUGCCAGAGGUGAUAUUAUAUCACCGAAUUAUCCUCAACCAUACGGACAUAAUGCUGAAUGUAUUUGGAGAAUCGUAGUUUCCUCAGGCAGUACAAUACAACUUGUUAUAGUUGAUCUCAAUUUGGAACAUCAUGCAAAAUGCAGAUAUGAUUACGUGGAGAUAUCCGAAGGCACAACUCGUACACGAAAUGCCGAACGAUAUUGUUCUACUUAUCCGCAGAUCAUAAAUACAACAUCUAACAUAGUAACCAUUCGUUUUCGUAGCGAUUUUACCAUAUCUUCUCGUGGUUUUCACAUUCAAUAUGACACUAUGUGUCACAACACGUUACGUGGUUUCCGUGGCGUCAUAGAAUCACCUAACUUCCCGAAUGUAUAUGACCACAUGAAAAAUUGUAGUUGGAUAAUCAACGCACCGAUUGGUAACAAAAUUAAUUUGACAUUCUCCCAUUUCGAUUUGGAAGUAGCAAAUAUAAGAAAUAAUAGCUGCGAUUAUGAUUAUCUCGAGAUCAAAGAGGGUUCAAAUGAUGAACCUAAUAGUGAAUUAGGCAAAUUUUGUGGCUCGGAUAAUCUACCACCGAAAAUUCAUUCAUCGGAACAUCAAGUUUUUGUAUAUUUCUUUUCCGACCAAUAUGUCGCCGGAAAUGGUUUCCGAUUGGAAUGGAUGGUCGAUGGUUGUGGUGGACACCUGACUAGACCUUCGGACACAUUUUCAUCUCCCGGUUAUCCUUUGGGAAACAAGGACAAUCUCAGAUGCGAAUGGUUGAUCGAAGUCGAUAACACCCAUAGCAUUGAACUCACGUUACUCGAUGUAAACAUCGAAAAUCAAAUGACUUGUAAUUUGAAAUCAUUAAAAAUCUAUGGUGGGGAAGAUGAAAAUGCACCGAAGUUGGUCGAAUUAUGUUAUUCAAAUAAACCAGUUAUUUACACAAGUUCCGGCAACAAACUUUUCAUCACGUUCGAAUCUUAUUCAGUUUUCGUUCUUCGCGGAUUUAAAGCGAGCUACAAAAGUAUACCAUUGCAAUGCGGUGGAGUAUUUACAGCUAAUUCAGGGAUCAUUCAUACAACCAAUUAUCCUCUCAAUUAUCCCCAUAAUCAAAAUUGCGAAUGGUUAUUGCAAGUUGAUAAAAAUCACGUUGUAAACGUUACGUUCGAGGACUUCGAUAUCGAGGAUAGCAGAAAUUGUACCGACGAUUAUGUAAAAAUAUACGAUGGACCAACCAAAGAUAGUUAUUUGAUGGGUACUCACUGUAGAAAUCAACUUCCUCCCUCGUACGUAUCGACCAGUAACGAAAUGUUAAUAGUUAUGAGAAGUGAUAAUAUAGUAUCUGCAAAAGGAUUCAAAGCUUCGUACAAAACGGCAUGCGGUGCUCGUAUAGUAGUUAAGGAUCAAGGAUUUAUCACAGGAUCCAGCGACAAUAUAGAAGAUUAUGUACUAAAUUGUACUUGGAUACUCAUAGCAGAAAAUCCUGCCGAUCACGUGACAUUAACAUUCACUCACAUGCAUGUGACCCCAGCACGCCUAAUAAGUAUCAGUCCCGACUUAUUGAUAAAUCCAUCUUGUACGAUAUACGUGCAGGUAAUCGAAGGGGAAGACAUGGAUGGACCUGUUCUUGGAAAAUGGUGCAAUAAUAAAACACCUCCACCUAUCACGAGUACCGGAAGUGCUCUAACUAUUCAUCUAUUCAGCUUAAUCAAAUUUCAUAGCGAUUUCUCCGCCACUUAUAGCGUAUUGAAUUCUGCUUGCGGUGGAAAUUAUACAUCUGAACAUGGAACCAUCGCAUCACCCAAUUAUCCUAACUCCUAUCCCCUGAAUUCCGAAUGCAUAUGGAUUUUAAAUACCUCACCUGGAAAUAGAAUAAGUAUUACUUUUAAUCAGUUUGAUAUUCAACAAAGUAAAAAUUGUGACCUGGAUUAUCUUGAAAUUCGGGAGGAAAAUGGAAUCGGUAAACUAUUAGGAGUUUUCUGUGGCCAAGAAAUCGAUCAGAUCACAUCCUCGAGUAAACUUUGGAUCAAAUUCAAAAGCGAUGCCGAAAGUGCGGCUCAAGGAUUUCUAGCAGAUUAUAGUUUCUUACCAGGAAACGAACUUUAUGGUCCAAUGGGUCGAAUCACCUCGCCCUUAUAUCCACUUUUCUAUAGAAAUGCAGGCACUUUUUGGUGGCGUAUUACAGUCGAAGUAGGAUAUAUCAUUCAAUUGGAAUUCAAAGAAGUAUACAUACAAAAUAUAGCAUCGUUAUGUUCCAGUUCAUUGAAGGUCUACGAUGGUUACAAUGACGAAGCAACCGUGUUGUUGGAACACUGUUCUUACACGACACCUGCAUCAUUGGUCACUUCGAGUAACAUUGCUUACAUCGUCAUGGAAGCUUAUUCCAUUUUAUCCGGAGAUAAAUUUGAUCUUAAUUGGCUUCAAAUACCAAAAGAUGUCAUAGAUGAACAGGAAUUACAAAAAAUUAAAUUAUCAAAGUGUACCGAAGAAGUGGCUUUGAUGAGUAACACGAACAAUAGUUAUUCACUCUGGUCACCUGGUUGGCCAAAUGGUUACGAAGACAAUCUUGAGUGUACAUGGAUUUUUACUUCUCCUCCAGGAACUCAUUUAGUUAUUAGAAUAAGUAUGAUGAACAUAGAAGAGAGUACGGAUUGCGUUUACGAUUACAUAGCUGUUUAUUCGGGAUAUGCUUUGACUUCAACUGAGAAUAUUAAUAUUUCAUAUUGUUUAUUAAUAGAAUGUGGUGGAGAUUUAUCAGGACCAAAUGGUGUGAUUGAAAUCAACAAUAGAACUAACAUACGUGGAAUAAGAAGUUGGCAUUUCUCUUGCGAAUGGGUCGUCACUGUAAGACCUGGUAGAACCAUAGAAGUUAUAAUUAAAUAUCUCUCAACAGUAGAAACGAAAAAUGACGCAUGUGAUGUCAAUUUUCUUAUGGUAAAAAAAUGAUUAAUUAAUUAAAAUACAAAAAAAAAAAGAAAAUAUGUAUUUUAAUAUUGUCAAGUUUACAGUUGAAAAAUGGGCAUGGAUUGCGGUGGAGAAUUCACAUUGUCAAACGAAAACAAAGAAUUAGAAAUAAAUAGCCCAAAUUAUCCAAACAUUCCACAUCCCUAUACCGAGUGUGUUUGGAAGAUUAUGGCAACUGACGGCGAAAGAAUUUCGAUUCAUUUCAUAGGCAGAUUUGAUUUGACUACUAGUAAAAAUUGCGAAAAGGAAUAUGUGGAAAUAAGGGAUGGUGGAUUGGAUGAUUCAUUAUCAAUGGGACGAUUUUGUACAGACAUGGCACCAAGUACUAUGACAACGAAAGGAAACAUGAUGUAUAUCAAAUUUUAUACUGACAUACCUGAACCAAAGAAUGGUUUUAAAGCUCUUAUUACAGCUGGAGAUGCAUGUGGUGGUAUUCUGAGAGGUACGAAAGGUACUCUUAGCUCACCGAAUUAUCCUAACUCCUACCCUAAAAGUCAAGUCUGUGGAUGGUGGAUAAUUGGUCCGGCAGAGCACACUUUGAAAAUUCAAUUCCGUGAUUUACAUCUUCCAACUCGUCGUAAUUGUAAAUCAGCUGAUUACAUAGAAAUAACCGAACAAGUUCCUGGCAAUGAAACAGCUUCCGAAACUCUUGGAAUAUUUUGUGGAACUCAAUUGCCGAAAAACAUCAUCGAGACAACCUAUAACGAGGCUUUCAUCACUUUUUACAGUGAUAAUCGUGAUUAUGUCCUUUUCCGAGGCUUUAGUUUAAAUUAUACAGCCAGCCAAGAGGUUUGUGGUGGUGUACUUACCGCUAUGAGCGGUAUAAUCAAAUCACCUGGAUAUCCAAAUUUAAGAACACGUUCCAGAUAUUGCGAUUGGAAAAUUCGAUUACCAUUAGGUUUUCAAGUUGUAGUGGAUAUUUUAGAUCUCGAUUCUGUUGAUAAAUCGUUUGGACCGAGUUAUUCGUUAUCGUUUUACAAUGACUUCCAUAUGAAAUCGAGAAUUCAAACCUUAAUGAGUAAUACAGAUGUACCGCAAAUUAAAAGUAGCGGUAAUACAAUGAUGAUCGGUUAUUGGGCACCAGUUGGUUAUAGGGGCUUUAAACUUCGAUAUUCGGCUGUUGCACCUGCGCCUUGCGGUGGAAUACUUAACAAUUAUGAAGGUGAAAUCAAAGCUCCACCUGCUCCCUACAAUAUGACCUCGUACCUAUGCGAAUGGAUGAUCAAACCACCGGAUCUUUUAAUCAAUUCUGCCAAUGAUACAGGAUUAACACUGACCCUUAAAGCUACUGGCUUUAUUGGCCAAUGUUACGCUUACAAUUCUAUUAUUUUAAAAGGCAUUGGUAAAAUUUGUGGUAACUCAACGAAAUUGAAAUAUCUUAGAAGUCCAUUGAUUGAAAAUACAUUGACGAUAUUAAACAGCAGUGCUUCGACUAUGAGAAAAAUGAACUUUAAUCUAAAGUAUGAAUGGGCACCUUGUGGUGGUAUCCUCCGAGGUCCAUCACACACAAUAACCCAACCAAAGAAUUGGAAUAAUUCACAUCCUAUAAGUUGUGCCUGGCAUGUCAAAUAUGCGGAUAACGGUGAAAUGAUCAAUCUUACCUUCACCAAACUCAAUUUGGUUAAAAGAUGCGAUAACGUUUAUAUUAUAGUCAGAAACGGUGGACCAACCUCACCAGAAGUCGGUACUUAUUGUGGUGACAUAAAACCAUCCGAUAUACUUAGCACUUCAAACGAAUUAUGGAUUGAAUAUUACGCUGAAGAACCAGGAUCGAGUGAAUUUGAAAUUAAUCUUCAAUUAGCAAGUCAUGGUUGUGGAGGUGCUUUACGAGGAUUCAACAAAGAAAUUGCUUCACCUAAAUUCCCGAAACAAUAUCCAAACAAUGCGGAAUGCACGUGGGAAAUAAUGACGGAGAAUGGUUUUCACAUAGGUUUAAUUUUUGUUGAUCGAUUUAAUUUAGAAACCAGCACUAAUUGCGAGAACGAUUAUGUACAGGUAUUAAAUUGGGAACUACAACAUAAUAAUAUUCAUGGAAAUUGGACCGAAUUGGGUAAAGUUUGUGGAAGAAACAUGCCAAAGCCAUUCAAUUCUACGAGUAAUCGAAUGAAAGUUAUCUUUCGUUCGAACGAAGCCAUACAAGGGGAUGGUUUUCGUGCACUUUGGAACGAAAAUUGUGGAGGUGUUUUCAGAGUAACAGAAGAACGAAAGAUCAUCAUGUCACCAGGAUAUCCGAAAUAUUAUCGGCGUAACUUGAAUUGCAAUUAUACUCUCAUUGCCGACGAGGACAAAGAUAUCGUAAUUCAAUUUCUUGAUUUUGAAAUCGAACAGAGUCGAGGAGAUUGUCGUUUCGAUAAUUUGACAAUCAUCACGGAAGGUACAAGAUAUUUCGAUUCUCCGGAAAGUAUUUGGUGUGGUAAUAAUUCGCCACGUUUGCAAAGAUCAAUGUCACGAAUGGAAAUCAUUUUCAAAACUGAUUCGUUUAUUCAAAGAAAUGGAUUCCAAUUCGAGUACUUUACAAGUAAUUGUGGUGGAAUAAUAACCAGUCCAACGGAAAUAAGACCUUUGAUGAAUCAACAGCAAUAUUUUGAUCAUAUGAAUUGCACAUGGUUGAUUAAAGCUCCAAAGGAUAAAAGCAUCAUAGUUCGAUUUGAAAAAUUCGUUGUGGAAUAUAGCCCACAGUGUUACUUCGAUUACGUUGCCGUUUAUGAAAACGAUACAAUCAAUUCGGAUAAAUUAAUGGGAAAAAUUUGUGGCAAUUUAACAAAUAAUUUACCUGUCUUCAAAACCGAUGCAGAUAACAUGGUAGUAAAUUUCAUGUCUGAUUUUUCGUCGAAUCAUGAAGGUUUCGUUGCAAAGGUCAUUUUCGGUAGCAGUCCUGCAGCUGGCUGUGGUGGUACUCUCAAUUUAACAAGUAUUACAUCAAUGAGUUUUAGAACUCAGAGAGGUGCAAAGUACAACUCAUUAGAAGAUUGUCAUUGGACAGUCAUUACUACAGAUGAAAAAAGUAUUAAACUAACGAUCACUAGUAUGGAUGUUAGAACCAAUCCAAGAAACUAUACUGUUUCUGACCCAUGUCCUGACGAUUAUCUGGAAAUUCACGAUGGGGGAGGACAAUAUUCGGAAUUAUUGGACAAAAUAUGUGGAACGGUAGCACCUUCAGUAAUAAUGUCAAAUUCACAUAAAUUAUGGAUAAGAUUCGUUAGCGAUGGUACCAAUGAAGGAUCCGGAGUAAUCGGAACAUUGGAAGCUGUAAACUCACCCUGCGGAUCGAAGUAUCGGACGAUUGAAAAUACCAAAAAUUAUUUAACAUCUCCUGGAUAUCCCAAUCCUUAUGAGCCUGAUAUUCACUGUCAUUGGACUCUGCAGAAUUCUAGAGAAAAUAAUGGUGUAAUGCGAAUCAGAUUGUUGGAAUUUAAUAUGACAAAUUCGGAAAAUUGCAAAGACGAGUAUCUGGCAAUCAUGGAUUCCGAGAAUGUAAUGUACAUCGAUCAUGGGUUCGGUGAGGAAUUCAUCUACUCUGGCACGAAUAAAUAUCCGAUAGAUGUCGAAACGGGAAGUCGUUAUCCCACUUCGUUAUACAAAUUUUGUGGAGAAGAAAAACCUUUCGAUUUUUACAGUUACAGCAGUGCAUUUGAAGUCUACUUUAAAACAUCCUCACGAGGAAAAGGUUUUAAAAUCGAAUACAGUACGACUAAUUGUGAUCGAAAUUAUACGGCAAGUGAAACUCAAGGUCGAAUCGUUCAUCAAGGAAUUAUAAAUUGCUGGAUAACUAUCACCACCUUGCCAAAUCGUACGAUCUCCUUAUAUUUCAAUAAUUUCAGAUUAUACGAUGAUGAAAAGUGUACGCGUAAUGCUUUACAGAUUCGCGAAGGAGAUUUUAGCGGUAAUGUUUUGGCAAUUGUUUGCGGUACGAUGAUUCCAAAUCCAAUUUUCAGUACCGGCAAUAAACUCAGUUUACAUUCUUGGGCAGAAGAAAGUAGCACUUAUGAUGGUUAUGACAUAACUUAUGUUACUACAGACGCAGGACGUGGUUGUGGUGGUACUAUAUUUAAUUAUGGCGGAUCUUUCACAUCACCGAUGUACCCAGACAUAUAUAGAAAUAAUACAGUGUGUACUUGGGACGUUAGCGUUCCUCGAAAUUUUAAAAUCUUUCUCAAAUUCACCUUCUUCGAUAUUGGAACUAAAAAAACUUGCGAACGUAACAACGUGAAAAUUUAUGAUUUCAUUAAAGACGGAGAACGUGCUUUGAGAAAUGUUUACUGUGGAGGGGACGAUCCAGCGAGAUUCGAAGCAGAAGGAAAUAGAAUACUCGUUGAAUAUACUUCGACAGUGAAUAACAUUGGUACUGGUUGGGUAGCAGUUUUCAUGGCACAAUCCAUUUGUAAGUAUAAAAUAUUAUUGUUAUAUGAUGCUUCGAAAUUUGACAUAUAUCAAGAUUACAUUUGAAAUACAUUUCGUGAAAGUUAACUAUAUUUAAAACUUUAUUAUAGUUUAUUUAUUGUUUAUUUUAAAACUGAAUAACACCUGUGUGUGUGUGUGUUCGUGAAGACAGACAAUACUUCAUACUUGGUCGAUAAUGAUGAUUAUGAUAUUGUCCCUUGAAUAUAUAUACUUUACUCAAAGUUAACUAUAAGAAAAAAGUCUUACUCAUAGAUGGCGUUGUAUAUCAUAAUUAUCGACAAAGUGUUGAAAAUAAUCUAUUAUCAGCAGACAUAAUAUUUGAAUAAAUAAUAAAAA